CGGCGUGAUGGAUAACGCUCUGCCGCUGGAAGCGGAGCUGGAACACCAGGGGCUACUCAACGGCUCCCUGAACGAGUCCUUCGCCAACCAGUUCGUGCAGCCCCCGUGGCAGGUGGCCCUGUGGGCUGUCGCCUACGCCCUCAUCGUGGUGGUGUCAGUGGUGGGGAACGUGGUGGUGAUGUGGAUCAUCCUGGCUCACAAGAGGAUGCGCACCGUCACCAACUACUUCUUGGUGAACCUGGCUUUUGCCGAAGCCUCCAUGUCCGCCUUCAACACGGUGGUGAACUUCACCUACGCCAUCCACAACGAGUGGUACUAUGGGCUGCUCUACUGCAAGUUUCACAACUUCUUCCCCAUCGCCGCCGUCUUCGCCAGCAUCUACUCCAUGACGGCCAUCGCCCUGGACAGGUACAUGGCUAUCAUCCACCCGCUGCAACCCCGGCUCUCGGCCACCGCCACCAAGGUGGUCAUCGGCAUCAUCUGGCUCCUGGCUUCCCUGCUGGCUUUCCCCCAGGGUUACUACUCGGUGAUGGAGGAGCUGCCGGGCCGGCUGGUGUGUCUGGUGGAGUGGCCGGAGCACAGCACCAACGUGUACGGAAAAACGUAUCACUUCUGCAUGACCAUCCUGAUCUACUUCUUGCCGCUUCUGGUGAUAGGAUGUGCCUACACUGUGGUCGGCAUCACCCUCUGGGCGAGCGAGAUACCCGGCGACUCCUCCGACCGCUACCACGAGCAGGUCUCGGCUAAGCGGAAGGUAGUGAAGAUGAUGAUCAUCGUGGUAUGCACGUUUGCGCUGUGCUGGCUGCCCUACCACAUCUACUUCACCCUACAGUAUUUCAACCCCGAGUGGUACCUGCAGAAGUUCAUCCAGCAGGUCUACCUGGCUAUCAUGUGGCUGGCGAUGAGCUCCACCAUGUACAACCCCAUCAUCUACUGCUGCCUCAACGACAGGUUUCGCGUGGGGUUCAAACACGCGUUUCGGUGGUGCCCGUUUGUCAGCGCUGGGGAGUACGAGGGCCUGGAAAUGAAGUCAGCCAGGUACCUGCAGACACAGAGCAGCAUGUACAAGGUCAGCCGGAUAGAGACCACCGUGUCCUCGGCAGUUGGCGCAGCUGAAGAGGAGCUGGAGGAGAGCAGCAAGGCCAAGCGUCUCUCCGUAGACAUGACCUCCAACGGCUCCUCCCGCAGCGACUCCAAAACGGUCUCCGAAAGCUUCAGUUUCUACUCCAACACUCUCACCUAAGCGGCUCCCUGGCUCCGUCAGCCACUCACAAGGGUGCCACCAUGCCCUUUCCCUCACUGGGAUGCUGUGUUGCUCAAUCCACCCAGCAUCAUCACCCCCGUUUGUGAUAUGCCAGCUUUUUUCCGUGCUGUUUUACCGUCUCUUGCUGUGCCGCUCGCUCGCCAUCCUUGGGCCGAGCGUGAGAGCAAAAGCUUUGGAUUAGUUUCACGUGCUCCACCGUGGCUCGUGUCCGAGCACAAGGGAGAUUUGGCUGGCCUCUGCCUUGCUCGCUGCCUGCCCAACCCACCACCUGCUGGGCAGGUGGAUAGGAUGCAGAAAUGGGAAGGAGCUGGGGUUUUCUCCUAAACCUUAAGUAAAACCUUGGCAGGCGCUUCCCAGCUCUCUGCAAGGCAGCAGGGAUCUCCCGGUGCAUCCCACCCCACAGGAGAAUGAACGCUUCUUGCACUUUCCUCCUCCCACCUUUAAUUUCAUUCUCCCUGUCACUCGCAGUUGAAUAUCCAGAGGGGGUAUUCAAUUAAAAAAUCCCACAAAAAUUGCUGUUUUCAACUCCAUGAGGCGCCACCAGCCGCUUGGUGCUUCAACUCAGAUUCAGGCAUUUCUGCACAGUCUCAACUCAUCUCCGGCACCCGCAUCCCUCUGCACGAUGGUCUUCUGUUGCCACUCCACAACACAGCUCAUCGAAAAGGAUUUCUGAACUGAGCCAGACUUUGGUUGCUGUUAAUCAACCAUAUGUGCCAAAAGCAAUCACUGUGAUUUCCUAAAAGGCCCAAGGUGAUGUCUCUUGGAUAGAUUUUGGAAGUCUGUGGAGGUCUGGAGAAGAGACUGAAAUGUUUUUCACAACCUGGAAAGGUCUAGAGCUGCACAGAAAGGGGUGUGGUAGGAUAAAAAAUGUCAGAAAAACAAAGUUUUGCCAGCACACAAGGUUUGGAGGGAGACAAGAAUUUUGCUAACAUUUUUUACUCAGAGAGAGUUGAAAUUAUUCACUUCCACUUUCUGGAUUUUGUUUUAAUCAAGGAAUCUUUUUUUCUUUUCAUCCCCCUGUCUUUUGCAUAAAACAUUAAGUUUAUGAUCUCUACAUGGAUAUAUCUACUACUUUAGUCCUGUUAUGAUGGAAAAUUUUCACUGGGACUGUUCGUACCAAGGGCUCCUUUGGUCAGCAAAGGUAUGAACAUACAUUCAAAGGGGGAAAUAAAGUAAAUAAAAUGAAAAGUGGGCAAACUUGGUUUGUUGGGAACAAACCCACGAGUUUAGGGGCAAUUUGGGGGCAGUUGUAUGAACUGUUCCUUGCUGCUGGUCCAAUCUCUCUCACUUUUGGUGUAGAAAUCAGACUCCUAAAAUGGAUUCACUGCAAGAUAGAAAUGCUGGAGAGAUGCAUGACAGAUCUGCACAGGGCAAGGAAACUGCUCGUUCAUUUUAAAGCAGCUGAACAUCAGACCCUGCUGAGCACACAGCAAUUUCUGGAAAUAAAGCAGAGAUGACUUUUGGAGCUUUUCAACUCUUCAGCCUCCAAACUGGUUGUUGGAAGAUCCAGUCAUUAAUAAAUCCCCAGCCGUGAUGGUUCUUGGAGAUAAAAAUACACAUAUUUGAGCAAUGACUUCAGCAGAAAUUAAAUGCGUGGGCAAAUAGAUGGAUCCAAGAGCAACAAAACGGCCGCAAAAGCGGGUUGACAAGAAUGAUCAUCUUCAUUUUUACCCAAAAUCCUGCCAAGUGCCAUCAGUGAGGAGCAGCUCUUCCAGCCACUUCCAUGCUCUUCCUGACCGCUGUGACUACGUGACCUUACAAACUGCCACGUGCUUCAUGCACAUGCUGGAAUACGCGACUUUUUUCCUGCUUAAACUUCCACUUCUCCCCGUUCUUGUCGCCUUAAGACAUACCCCUUUGCCACUGCCUCCCACAACCCUGCGGCGUGGAGAAGGGGGAAUGGCACGAACCUGCCUGGGGAUUUGGUUUUUCAAAAAAGCACCAGCCCCAGGCAGCAGCGAUGGAAGGGGUGGAUGAUGCCAAGCGUUUAACAUGAGGGUUGGACUAGGAAACUUUUCCCACCAACUCCACAGGAGCUGUGUGCUGCCAAUACACGAGAAGGUGCUACAAACCAGAGCCAAAUUCUGAUUUACUCCCAGCUGACAACCCAAAUUCAAAAUUAAAAUGAAACCAAAUAUCUCAAAAUGGUCUAGAGAGCUGAAUAAGGCAAGCAGAGAUCUGCUCUGUACACCCCACGCACAAGAGUUUGUGAGCCUACAGAAGUCAGCAUUUAGAGAAAAAAAAAAAAAAAAAAAGAUAUAUAUGUGUGUGUAUAUAUAUAACCAUGCUGCCCUUUUGUCCUCUGUGUUUUGUGCCCCGAGGAUGACGUGAUCAUGAGAUGUGCAGAGAAAUGACAACUGUCUUCUCACAAGCAAUGCCCAGCUUGAAACGUGGGGUAACCCCAAGGGCGUGCAUGAAGACUUCAAUUCGACAGUUUACAGCCCAAAAUGCUUCUUGUGCAUCUUGUAGAAAACUCUCCCUUGAAAUAAUGUGGGAAAAAUUCCCACCUGUUAUAAAUAGUGCCAGCAACCACAGCAGAGCCUGCCUGGGACACCCAGGCCGAUGGGUAUGUAUUAAGGGAUCAUUCAACAGAUGGAUACCAAUGCAGGAAAACCAAAAUGUUCUGUGUAAAUGGGAACAGCAUGCCCAAACCCAAGUUUUCCUUUCUCCCCUCCAAGUGCCAAGUUAUUUUAUGGGUGGAGGCAGGAAUGGGAACAGGCCUCUUUUCACGUUUAGGAUCUAGACCAACCCUCAAGGUGGGAUGUUUGGGUCAGGUCCAUGUCCACACACAUGACAUUCAUCAUUAGCUGGUUUCACUGACCUUGGGAUGCUCUGUGCAUGCAAAAGCCACAGAAAAGUCUUCUUUUGAAGACUGGGAAGCCUAAACCAAGACACCCCCGCCCAGGUUUGGGGAUGGGACGUCCAACCAUAUGGUGAGUCCAGUCUCUGCACUAUUUCCAGCUCUCCUUUCAAACAGGUCCCCUGUGAUACAGAGGCUUUCUCUAGCUUAUUAAGCCUGUUUCCCUGGUUUGCUUGCAGAUCUCUGAUUAGAAAUUCAAUUGCAAAUCGAGACAGUUUCUUUGUCUCUUUCCUGGCUCUCUGAAAUGCAAAAUAAUAGCAUCUGGAGAGAAUCACUCAGCAGGUCUGCACGCAUCCCUUUGCCAUCUCCUCUUUGGAGGCAUACAGAUAACUCCCACCAUCAUUAAGGGGAGCUGCCUAAGCCCAAUUACAAUGCACUCCAAGCCAAAACCAUUGCAGAAGGGAGCUCUGAAACCCAAAUCCCAGCCUGAAGCCACCUCCUUACCCUCAAGGGAUUGAUUAUAAGCUCAGGUUUGCUUCCUGGCGCUCAGAAAUUGCUCUUCCCACCUAGCUAGCUCCCAGCAGGAGCACAGAGCAGCAAAUCCCCGUCUCCAUACAUACCUCAAGGUCUACUCAAUUGUUCCAAAAUACAACAUUUACACACCGUUUCAUAGGUAACCAUUUAUUUCCCACCAGCUCAAAACAAAAAAAAAAAACAGCAAAAGCCAAGCAAAAGCCUGCUUGCUAGAAAAAUUAAGCAGCUUUGCAAACGUGGAAGUCCAAGCAAAGGAGCCGGUACCAAUCCUCAUUUUUGGUAGUGCUUGUAACAAGAUUGCUGGUAGACACGCAAAAGGCUGCCUGCCCACCACUUAUCUUUAUUAUUAGUUCUAUUUUGCCGUCCCUCGAGGGAUGCAAUUGCUGCUUGGCCCAGCUGAACACACCACUUCUGCUACCGGGAGGUGACCUGGGAUGGAAGCAGAGUAUCCGCUAUUUGCUGCAUAUUUCCACAGCGCUGAUGGAAUUUUAUUUUUUUUUUUUUCAGCUUGCUCUAUCCUAGCCAGAGCCCUCCUGCGAGAUCACACAACCAAAGUGCACAGCCCAAGAGCUCCUAGCUUUUGCUUACCAUUAAAAUAAUAACAAUUUUAAAAAAAAUAGAAAUCUCAGGUUUUAGGAAACUGUUACUAAUCUACUGAACACACCAUCCUGCCCAAAAAACCUGUCUUCAACUGAAUAAUUACUACAGCAGUUACAAUGCAAAGUUUAACACGCAAAUAGCCCCUUUUCCUGCAGUAUAUCCACCCAAAAUACCAUCUCUGCUGGAAGCUAAAUCACACUCAUCAGUUAAAUGCGGCACCCCAGAGAAGGGACAGUGAGUCCCAAGGACAGCUGGGGAUGAGAGAUGACUCCCGGGUGUCUCUGCCCUUAAACUUUCCAUCCCGGAUAAAAAGGCACCUGAUUCUGUGCAAUACGAUACAGUUGGGGCCAGGAGGGGAGCGAGGGGAUGAGAUGAGCUGCGACGGACGUCUGGGGUUUGGUAUUUGGUGUGUGGGGCAGCUCAUAGGAGUUUUGCGUGAAGUUCUUCCUAUAGUAGCAUCUCUACAGAGAAAACGUCCAACCCUCCUCCCCACAAUGGUCUCUCUCUGAUCGUCGGGUUCGUCCAAAUGGAUUUUCAUAAAUAAAUGUGUCUUUUGUGAGA